GUAUUUUAUAAUCUUAAAGAAUUACAUAAACUUAAAUUAACGGAUUCCAUAACUAUUAAUCUUAAUCAAAUUUUAACUGCUAUAAAUAAGAAAUUUAAAUCUAAACAAAUUAGUUCUAAUCAUAAAAAAAGAAAAGUUGAUGAAGCUAUUAUAGAAAAUUUUGUAAAUGGUGGUGCUGUAGAUUCUGUAGCUAGCACACCUUUAUCUGAACCAGAAAAUAAUAAUAAUUAUAGGGAUGAUAAGAUUAGUAGCUUCAAUAUUGGG